AGGAGCAACGUCCAUCAUGCGUACUGUGACGAAACAAAGAUGCCCUGAUUGUGGCCGAGAUUUUGUAAACCUCGCAAAUCACAACAUCUGUCAUGGAAGAGGGACCAGACACAGGCAGACGUCUGAUCCACCGCAGUCUGCUUCAAGGUCACCCGCGCAGCCACGGACCAACGUUGACUAUCGUCAGAGGAACGCAAAUCCCACGCCCAAUCAACCUCUGUACACACGAUAUGGUACAACUAAUUACUGGGAUACGCCACCCCCAACGCCCUCUUCCCCCCAGAGAGAGCGACAGACACCAUCCUCAGUCACUCUUCUCUACCCGUCCAUUCAGACGGUGCCCCAGGGCCGCGGGAAUACUCAUCACCAACCACCCACUACUCAGCCACAGAGUCGACAACAACCACAACCACAACCACAACUCCCCAGUAGACAACGGAGUCAUCAGCAACGUAACCAUCACGACCUUGAAUCCCUGCUGUAUGGUCGUAUAUCGGACGCGUCUCAAAGGCAACAAGAUGAAUCUGACACAAAUGCGGCAUCUACUGGUUCACCACGCAACAUUGUCCGGGAGCAUCGGAUAGUGGUUUUCACUGAUUCCGAGGACAGGCAUGAGGAAGGCGUCGACACAGGGAGACCAAGGCGAGAGUAUCUACGGCUGCUGUUGCAGUCCAUCGUCUCCGACAGCAAGAUGCUGCACGGGGACGAAAACCAAGGAUUUCUGAUUCGACCCCACAUAUUUUCAUAUCUGAAGAAUCACUUCCGGGUCAUGGGUGUCAUGCUGGCCACUAUAAUUGCUCAAGGCGGACAAUCCCCCGCCAUAUUUGCCCCUCCCGUUGUUGAUGCAAUAUUGGAUAUCGAUCAGUCGCUAUCUGUGGAUUAUGUGCCGAACAGACGUAAGAGAGAAUCUUUGACAAAGGUGUCGGAGGCUCGAGACGCGACGGAGCUGGAGGAAGCGCUACAGGAGUGUAACUGGAGAGACGACCUAGAUGGCAUCCCCUCUUAUGUCACUAUGGCCAAUAGGGAUGAGUUUCUCUAUGGGUGUGUCCACCACUUUGUCAUACUACAGAGCAAACCAAUGAUAGACCAGCUUAUUCAAGGCCUGCGUCACUGCGGGCUGAGUACCCUACAUGUCUUCUCCAGGCCAUAA